AUGCUCGGUCACUCCGUAAAACGAAUCUCGAUCAGGUCACCUUUCCAUACCAUACCAUGUAACCUCAAACCAGCAGCAACUCGCAACCUCUCCCUGGUAUCCGCGCGAAGCAUAGCCAUUGAGGCAGGCGAUCUUGGCCGCCUUGACGGAGGUGAUUUGUUGGAGGCGAAAGAAAGAACCAGUUUAAGCUUUGCCGAUAUCGCUAAUCAGAUUGGGAGAUCAGAAAGCUGGACCGCCGGCUUAUUUUAUGGAAAGAAUCAGCCGACUGCAUCAGAUUCUCAGAAAUUGGCCGAAAUACUGAACCUACCCCUGCAGGCGCACCAUUCAACCCCUCCUCCACCCUCGAUUUCACUUGCUUCAAGAUCCUCGUUAUUUCCUGUGCUCGAAGAAAUCCUGCUACUUCCAAUCUCUCACGACCGUCUCGUUACAGCUCACGGAUGGAUCAAGACGAUUCGGAGACAGAAGAACGUCACAUUCGUUGAACUGACUGAUGGCUCAACACCCAAGCACUUACAAAUUGUUGUCGGACCCAAAGACUCGGAAGAGCUUGAAACCGGCUGUGCGAUUCGAGUAACUGGGUACUUAGUUUUGAGUUGCGGCAAUCGACAAUCUAAGGAGCUCAAAGCACGUUCUGUGAGCUUGAUCGGAUCAUGCUCGGCAGCCGAAUACCCUCUGCAAAAGAAAAAACACAGCGCGGUUUUCUUGAGAAGUAUCCCUCAUCUGCGUGCUCGUACACAAGAGACCAGUGCUCUGAUGCGAAUACGAUCGACGAUGGUCCAAGAAGCAUCCUCGUUUCUGCAUGCGCAGCAUUUCUUCCGCUCCGAAAUACCAGUUAUCACGUUUAACGAUUGUGAAGGUGCCGGUGAAGUGUUCUCUGUCGCCCCUGACAGCCAAUCAAGAACAAUUCCAAAACCACCCAACCCAACAUCUGAAGUUAGCCCUUCUCUUGAACAGAGGUUCUUCGGUCGCCCGGCUUUCCUGACCGUUUCUGGGCAGUUGCACUUGGAAGCUCUCUCAAGUAGUCUUGGAAGAGUCUACUCCUUCGGACCAGCUUUCCGGGCCGAGAAGUCUCAGACAAAUCGACACCUUGCCGAAUUUUGGAUGCUCGAGGCUGAAAUGUCGUUCAUUGAAGACCUAGAAAGCCUGAUGAAUUUACUUGAGAGCUUGAUCAAGUCUAUCAUUCAGAAUCUUCACCAGUCCGAUAGUCUUUCCUUGCUAGAUCUAAAAUCCCUUCAAGCCCCCAAAGAGCCAUUCGAAUCAACAGAAAAAAGCUGGCCUCGGAUAACAUAUACGCAAGCCGUAGAGCUCAUCCAAUCGCAUCACAAGGAACAUUCAUCCGGUACAAAUAUACUGCCUCCUCUCACUUGGGGCCAACCGCUGGCCUCGGAACAUGAGAAAUGGCUCUCUGGAACCUAUGCCCAAGGGCCAAUUUUUGUGACCGAUUAUCCGGCUUCACUCAAACCGUUCUACAUGAGACAGACUGCAGGAUCCUUCGACUCGUCUCAAACGCACGCAACUACUGUCGCAUGCUUCGAUCUACUGGUCCCGGGGGUGGGAGAAUUAGUGGGCGGAUCACUCCGAGAAUCGAAUCUGGCCAAGUUACAAGAAAACAUGAUACAAAAAGGGUUGAUCGAUCGAGCUGAAGCAGCUCACAACGGUCUCUCUGGUACAAAUGAAGAUCAAGACCACAAAUUUCGAUGGUAUCUUGAGCUGCGUAAAUUCGGGAAUCCUGCCACUGGUGGGUUUGGGAUCGGCUGGGAGAGGCUUUUGUCGUGGAUAACGGGGGUGGAGAACGUUCGAGAAUGUAUUGCUUUUCCGCGUGUAACUGGUUCGGGUCAUUGCUGA